AUACAAUUACAAAUGGCGUUUACGUAGUGUAGACAGAUGUGUUCACGGCCACGAUGGGCGAUGAUUCUUUGAUAUUACGAGAAGAUGGUUAUAUACGUAUGAACUUUCCUGUUACUUCUCUUACUUAUCAUAGCAACUUAAAUAUAAUUCUGGUGAAGACUGACGUAGGUGGUGUACACGUUUUGGAUGUGAACUCGGGUGUGAUACUGCAGUCUUCUUGUCUGUCAGCGGAUGAUGGUGGAACGCUUGGUGUUGAGUAUGCGGCGGGGGCGGAUCGAGUUUUCGUGUGGGACAGCAGCGGGGUUGGUGCGCGCACUGACUACAAUGGAGUUCUGCUUCUCCACACGGCAUUGCAGCGCCCGCUGCCUUCCUCACAACCCGACAAAAUCAUAAGGAUCGAGCUUGUUUUGUCUGAGGCCGUGCUCCUAUACCAAUGUCUUCAGAGUCUAGACGCCCACUCCAUAGAGGGUCUUACAGACUUUAUCAACGAGCUGAAGAAUUCCAUCGACGCAGAACCUGUCAGGAAAGGAGUGAAAGCUCAGAAGUGGAGCACAGUAACAAUCUGCCUACCACAGUCGACCCUUCGGCUAGUGACCACAGGCGUGGUUCAAGAGCUGAAGGGUCAGAACCGGCGGAUACCAGCGUUGGCGAUCGCAUCUGCAGUCGGCCAGCGCGCCAACGAGCUGGUGCCCUGCUCACGCGAUGAGGAGACGAGGCCGCUCAUGUACAGCGAGGCUGAGAGGAAAGAGACCUUCAAACGGUGGCCCCAUAUGGACUACAAAUGGGCACUCCCAGCUCGGAUGGCACAAGCGGGCUUCUACCACCAGCCAUCACCCAGCGGGGACGACCGCGCCAUGUGCUUCACAUGCCUAGUCUGCCUCGUCUGCUGGGAGAAGUCUGACGAGCCCUGGGUGGAGCAUGAGAGGCAUUCACCCAACUGUCCCUUCGUCAGAGGCGAAUACACCCACAAUGUCCCCAUAUCGGUGACCAACGCGACAGCAUGUGCGGUGCCUUGUACCAAUGUGACGGUGGUGUCGAAGGGCAACACAGGGGACCUCAUCGCGACGGGCACUCCUGAGGGUAAAGUGAACAUCUGGCGGUUCGACUGCGGCCUCAAACUUGUCAAGUUCAUUCACCUGUCGCCGUAUGAUUCCAUAUUCAGUGGCAUUCUGGCGACUGACAGCAAUAAAGUAUGGUCCACCAGCCUAGAGAAGGAUAGUUCUACAUACGGCGUCGAGCUGACGGCGAUGGCUUUCGUCGGGAUGACGUCACAGCAAGAAGUUUACCCACAGACACAAAACACAGAGAGCACAGAGAAAGAGACAAACACCAACAAAACGAAACCGUCUCUCAUCUGCGCCGUCGUCAUCACUAGGACAAACACCACACAGACUGACCAGCCCAUCAAAGAAGACUCCAGCAAGGCGCUCUUCGACUCGGGAGCAGACAAAGAAAGUGUUCAGGCAAUGAACGAUCAAAAUGAAGCAAAGAAUAAUUUGACAACAAAUAAAAUGCUUUUCCUUUUAACAUAUGACAUACACAGCUCACUAGCUGGUUCAAUAACCACAGUAGUACACACAUCGAACAGUAGCGGCAACUCCAAACCAGGAGGCAGUAAGAAAGAGUGCACGGCGCAGAGGCCCGAUGACGCGAAUAUUUACGACGAGAUAUACUUCCAAUACUCUGACGAGGACACAGAGCUUCCACAAUGCACAAAUAGCUUAGACGAACAGAUUAGUAAUGUUUUUAACCUAAACGCGUCGUCCAGCAAAGAGGAUUGCAAAAUAUGGGAACCUAAGAAGAUUAUACUACCGAAACAUUUCAAAACCAUGCCCCCACCACCACCCACUGCCCUAUUACCUGAACUACAAGAAGCUGGACAAGCCACUAUGCUAGACUUCGUUGGCAAGAUCUCACAACUCAAGAGUUGGAAGAGUGGCAAUCUAGACUCUGUAGGCACUAAACUAGCAGACCAAACUGACGCAGUAUUACAACAGGCUGACCCAAUCACACACUAUCUCAACAUGAAUGGACCUCUAGAGAUCUCAGACUUGAAGUGGUACGAAGGCGGAGAUGGAACUGAAAAAGUAAAAGUGACAACAUUCGGAGGUGGAAGCAAAGUCGGUACACAGACUGCCAUCACCAACAGUAAUAACGACGGCUUCGACAGCGACCCGCCGCAGGAAGAGGCAGUGUCGCAGGGCAUCGCUGUCCAGUGCCUCAGUCUUCCAGCCAAACUUACAUUAAAAGAUGAUUCCAAAGUCACGCAUCUAUUGCCGACUGAAGACAAGGAGCAUCUGCUUGUAGUCAUAUCAAGUAUUGAACCAGAAAAGGUCAAGGUGGAGGAGGAGACUGACAAUGACGGCGAUACCAAAAUGGACGUGGACGAAUGUGCCGAACCUAGUGAUAAACCAAAAUGUGACGCGAAGGCUUACUUUAUCCUUUAUAAAAUUAACAAUAAGACGUCGAUAUACACGCUGGAGGAUCAUCCCGUGUCCUUCAAAGAGUUACCAUUCCACGAGAGUCCUGUAGAUUUGUGCUUGUUACCACCUGACAAACAGGAGCAGUACUCGUUUGCUGCUGUAGGAGUGGAUGGCAGCUUGAGGCUGUAUUCUCUACCUGACUUCAAGACUUUGUCGGAGAAGCGCGUACCAAAGGGACAGUUCACGUCUGUAGUUUUCUGUGCGUCAGUAGAACGUCUCAGUGUGUCUACUAAACACGGUAUGAUAUACUUCUAUGCGCUGAACAACGGCGAGCGGGACAACACGGGGGACAUCGACGAAGAUGAAUUCGCUAACAUUGAUUUCGACAUGUUACAGCGCGCGCCGCGAGACGAGGUAUGUGGCCCGACCCCUGCGCCCGUCAUCAUUGCUAACAAGACUGAACUCGACUUAUCAGACUUAGAGACUUUAAUAAACUUGACUGGCUAUUAUGGUACUAAUACAACGGUGCCUUACAGUGCGGUUGUGCCUGGGUUUUGGUGUGAGCUUUCACCUGCACAAAGGUCUAGAUCUGAUCAUCAAAAUAACAGGACUUGGAGGUUGCAGAACACUUCAUCAACAUGGGACGAGCACGUACUAGAGCUUACGUUACCGUAUAGUGUGUCCCUAGCUCACAUAGAGUUUGGAUUCACUUUACACUCGGCUUGUUCUGCGAAUCUUCCAAUCAUUCUCGUAACGUUACUGAAGCAAAACUUGCACGGUAUCGGAUACAAGAAAGACGCCUCUUUUGGUCACAGAUCGGACUCCCCUAUACAUUUCCCAGUUAUAGACGCUGACAUGUCGAAUCUCGAGAAUCCUGUCAACAGUGAAGAGUACCUACAGGCACACAACGCUGAGAUACUAGCAGGACCAUUAUUACUAUCUUCUGGACUGGACAUGACACAACAAUCUGGUACAUUAAUACUGACGAGUCCGCGGCUGUACAGAGCCAGAGGACGGACGUUCUUAAUUCAUAUAAAGACACUCUUUGAUCCAGCCAAAGACAUGAGUAAAAGCACAAACAAAACUGGUGAGACUAGCUCUAAGAAGACUGGUUUUAUCGGUUGCGAUUGGUUGCACCAGAUUUCAUUGACGGUUCGGUCUAGUCCUCACACUGACGUGGCUAUGGAGAGGCAGCAACGGAUAGCUAUGUUGGAGUCAAAUAGCUUCUUGAACAAUUUGUGUGAGAUUUCCGUAAACAGUGCUGACAGUGAGAUGAGGAACAUCGCAAUGGAUCUGUUAAUCUGGGUGGUGUCGAUAAGGCUGCAACGGAUGCGGUUAUCAAAGACCGAGAAAGGUAAAGACAAAACUGUCGAGACACAACAACUGGAAUGCGUGAAGAUCAUUGAGAAACACACAGACGCACUGAUCAAGAACUGCAUUUUGUGCGCCAAUAGAAGCAUUGCAAAGAAAUGCGUCAAAAUUCUACUGAUUACUAGCGAGGGCGAGAAGCAGCUCCCGAAACCAUGGAAGUCAACGUUCGAGACGACGCUGUCGAACAGCGUGUGUGCGUGCAUCCCGUACGUGGGCGCCAGCGUGUCUGCGGGCGCCGUGCGCUGGCUGGCCGCGCUGGCCCAGCAGUGCACGGCGCGCCCCGUCGCGCCCGCGCUCGUCGCCAAGUGCAUGGCGCUGCUUGAGAGGGCCGCCAAGUGCUUGAGUGACCGCCCCGACGUCUAUCACAGUCUGUUGAGAGCCAGGUUCGGUCUAUACGGGCUUCCAUUAGAGCGCACAAUAUUCGCGACCGAGAUACCGGAGUUAGGUCGCGGUACAUCUACACCGGUCACGUACGCCAGUGUACUGGCUGGCGACACCACAUCGCCCCCUGUUCCUAAGCCUGACUAUCAGCUGAAGGAACUGCUCAACUUGCCUUUGGAGAUGGAUGCAAAAAGCGCGAACUCAUCGACCGCCUGGUGGGCUCAGAACAACGGUGUUGGCGUGUUCGGUGCCGGGCUGAGUGAGGCCAUGCCAUUGCACGUCACGUGUCACGUGGCCUCGGAUGGGACCAAACUCGAGUCCAAUGGAACACGACAUCACUCCGCUGUUGUUAGCUCGCUGCCUGGUGCUGGACCUGGAGAUCCUAGUCAGCAACUAUGGUCAGUCGUGAAGGAAGGCCAGAUGAAGCAGUCUUCGCAAGACCCCGACUCCUUGGAGGACGUCGAGAGCUCCCUCAUGGAGUGCGAUCCUCAGGAUAAGAUGGAGUUUUCCGAAGAGAAGCUGUUUAAGGAUCAGGAGCAGUGCGGCAUCCCGUGGGCGUCGCUAGUGACGCGCCCCCCGCAGCACACGCUGGUCGUGGAGCGCAUGCACUCGGGCGCGCGACGGUACAUCGUGCUCGACUUCGGACACGCCGUGCGACUCACUGACGUGAUAAUCCCAUCGUGUUCGGAUUUGGUCACGCUGUGCAUAGACAUCUGGGUGACUGGUGAAGAAACGGACUGCGUGAAGCUUGCGUUCGCCACCGACAUCGCCACGAAACACCUUGUACUCACAGACAUACAGCCGCCACCCAUCUGUCGCUAUAUGAAGAUAACCACGAUAGGUAGAUACGGCAUGUCAGCGAUGAAGUGUAAGAUCCCGUUAGGCUGGUUCUACGGCGAGGUGGCCGAGAUCACGCAUGUACAACCUUCUAUCAACGCGCUCAAUGCGCUGCAUCAAGACUUGACCUGCCGGUUUAGGUUAGCAACCGGUAAACUAAUGGAUCUCUUGAAUCCAUACCUGGAACUCUACAAUGGCAAUGCAGCCCAUAUGAUGUCAUACAUGAAUAUCAGCAAUGAAGUGGACGCCAAGGUGGUGGCCGCCUACCAGGAGUGCAUAGAGCUGCAGCAACAACUCCACACCUGCACUAACAUACUUAGGAAGCUACAGAAUAACGUGGAAGGACCUAGAAACCUACCAGAACUUAUUGAUAAAGGCCUCGUCUCCUCGGAAGCGCUACUAGAAGCUGCUUCGACGGAUAAGUUGAGAGUCAUCAGCGAGACCAUUGUGGAUAUGCUGCUGUAUUUCUACUUCCAAGUCGGUGAUGUGCAAUACCCCGUGGUGAGCCGCGAGUGGUGCAGCGUGGUGGUGGCGCAGGUGUGGGAGUGGGGGGCGCGCGGCGCGGGCGCGCUGGCGACGCUGCUGGCGCGCGCGGCGGGCGCCGCCCCCUGGUGGGGCGCGCUGCUGGCCGACACGCUGACGCAGGCGUUCGCGGCGUACGACGCGGCGCCGGCCGCGCUGGACAAGUGCCUGGUGCUGAGCAUCUACAUGUGCCGCAAGUCGGUGUGGGCGGGCGCGGGCGAGGCGGGCCCGUGCGCGGCGCUGGCGGGGCGCGCGCUGGACCUGCUGCGGGCGCCGCGCGCGCAGCCCGCCGUCACCGCCGCCCUGCUCAGCGCACUCGCCGCCGUGCUCGACACCGUCGCCGCGCACAACGACAAGUACGCCAGGUGGGACUGGGUGACGGGCGGUCGAGCUGGUGGCUCGGCCCCGGGCGUGGAUGCGCAAGGUUCACCUCGUAACAAUGAAUGUAAGCUCCAUCGCCGCAAGCUGCACCGGAAGCUGUUGCACCAGAUGCAGGAACUAGAAGCUGCUAGGAGAGGCAUACAAGUUGCACUCGAAGAUCAACAGAGAGCGCGGCAAAACCUGAAGGCACGCAUGGCCAUGGUGGGCAAGCGGGGCGCGUCGCGCGGCGAGGCGGCGGGCGGCGGCGCGGCGGAGGGCGCGCGCCUGCGCCCGCUGGCGCCGCAGCUGGCCGCGCGCCUGGCGCACGCGCUCGUCGCGCACAUGCUCGCCGCCGACACCUGCUCGCACGCCGACGCACUCAUGCUCGCCGCCAAGGUCGUGGGAAGGCUCUGUGCACUAUCUGGUGGUGCAAGCCUGCUGGAUCCCUCGUGUAUAUUGGGUCUGGCCCGACUCGCUGUCACGCUACCACCCUGGCCACGUCAUGCGCUUACUACCUUGCUGCAGGAUUUAGUCGAAUACGAGUCUGGCGAGACGCCCUCGAGUCCUCCGAACGAGGAGUCGUGGGGCGCCGGCGCUAGUUCGUCCCGUGUCAUCCGCGUGCACUCCAUACCGCCCGGAUCCGCGCCCGGAGUCAAGGCGCGCAAGUUUAAGGGACCCACUGUCGCAGAUUUGUUAGCGGAUAGUUUUGGUCUGGGGAAGACUACGUACUUCAAGCCCAAACUAUUUACCACAGCAGGUGUCAAUUUAGCAAAUAUAGACGUGGAAGAACAGCUGACUCAAGUGGCCGAGUCUGACGACUCUGAGUCAUCAGAAGAGAAACUCGAACAAUACUUCAAUGAUGCUGUCAAGAAGGAAACCAGGACUAAACUCGUAGUUGAUAAUAGUACCAGCAACGUGUCAGUGUGCUGGGAUGCUCGUGUGGAAGCUGGCGGCGGUGGUUGCGGUGGCGCAGGCGAGGCUCAAGCUCGGCGCGCCCUCCUGGGCACCGCGGGGGCCCUGGCGGCUGCAGUGCGGGCCCCGCCCCCUGCGCCUCCUCCACCGCCCCGAGGCCCACCGCCCCCACACAGAUCCCACCCACCACUCACACACACCCUCUACGAUGUCUUCAGACAUUUGGCGUUAGAGUUCCACUACCAGAUGGACUGCACAUUCAUGGAGAACGUGAUUUCGCUGUGGCUGACGUUGAACGGGUCGGCGUGGAAUGGCGGCGCCUGGUCGCUGGCCACGCUCGCCGUGCCGGCGGACACGCCGCGCAUACGCCUCGCGUCCGACACCGUUAACGCACUACUGCAAUCACUCUGCACGUUAGAAAAUAUAUCAUUAAGAUGCUGGGUGCUGUCCAUGCAAGCAUUGGCUUGGAUUGCGAGCUUGCCACUACAGACUGAAGGGAGCAGUACUCAGACGAUGGGUCGCGUUAUAUUGGAGUGCGAGCACUUCGUACCGGCCCUUGUCAAGUUUAUCACCAUGAAUGUCAACACCGACGGCGCUGUCGCUUCCUCCGAACCUUAUUUGGGCGGCGCGCAGAUAGGUGCGGGCGCGGGCGCGGCGUCGGCGCUGCACUCGGUGGUGUCGCGCGUCAUCUGCGUGCGCGGCGCGGGCGGCGCGCUGGCCGCGCUGCGCGCCGUCUGCGGCGUGUGGCGCCGCGACCACGACCCCGGGCACGCGUACGACCUGCAGGCCACGCUGCUGCGCCUGGCGCACCCCAUGCUGCAGGUGCUCAGCGCCAGGCACGUGCAUCACGCGCUGCCACUCUUCCAUACUGUUGCGCACCAGUCGGUGUGGUGGGUGCGCGAGAGCAGUGGAUGGCGCGGCGCGGGCGCGGCGGAGGCGCGGCUGUCGGGGCUGCUGGCGGACGUGCUGGCGGGCGGCGGGUCGGGCGCGGCGCGCCGAGCCCCGCUGCGCCGCGCCGUGCUGGCCCAGCUGCUGCACUACUGCCGCAAGCUGCUCGCCGUGCCGCUGCCGCCGCAACAACUGCCCUCCAACUCGUCAUCAAGUCCAUCAGUGUCUACGAGUGGAGAGCAAUCACAGACUGACGAAAGCAAAGCGCAGAACAGCAGCACAGCUGAAGCCACUAACGUUGAAGAUGAGAGGAAGCAACAAGCGGCGCGGACUCCGUGCUUCGCCGAUACUGUACUACAAAAUCAGCAAAUAAUGCAGAAGUUCUACAGGACACUCUCGAUAUGCGACGGAAUGAACACUGCCUCUUUGAAUUCAGGAAUGUCUUCAGAACCGUCAUCCCUAAAGGAGGAGGUGUUCUGGCUCGUUGCCCACAUGGGUACCGUAGCCUCGAACCCCGCUCUCAUGGUCACUAGUCUCAUGGAGUUCCUGAAGAAAGAAGAAGUAGUGAACCUGUCGCAAGCGAUGCAGCAGCUUAUAAUCAGGGUGCUGGAGUAUCCCGAGGCACUCACUGCGUUUAUUGAAGCUGGUGGAAUGGAACUAGCGCUCGAUAAGCUGACCGCUUGUCAUCAGGCGGGUCCAAGUAAUGGUCAAGGUCUGGUUUCCUCUUUGAUGAACUACCUGAAGCUACCACCACAGAUGAUCAACCUGUCCACGCCGGCGUCCUGCAACAAGAAGAGUCAAACGCCUGUUAUUGAAACUGCCAACGGAUUAGUCAACAUGGCACCACUAUGCACGGUGUCAUGCGGCAACCCGACGGCGCAGGCGGCGGACGUGCUGCUGGACGGCGGCGGGGGCAUGUCGGUGCGCGGCGCAUGCGCGGCGCGGCGCGUGCGCGCGGCGGCCUGGUCCUACCACUUCUUCAGCGCCGACGACGCCAGCCUCGCGCUCACCCUCACGCUGCCCUACGCCGUGCAACUGCACGAGGUGCAGCUGCAGCCGCAUCUCACCAGCCUCGCCACCUGUCCGGGGGCGGUGGCGGUGGAGGCAGGCUGCGGAGGCACGUUAGCGCCGCUGGGCCCGCCACAGAACACGGCCGGCAUGACGUUCAUCCGGCUGGUGGUGGCGCGGCCCAUCGUCUGCACCACCGUGCAGAUUCGGCUGUACAAGCCGAGAGACUCCUCCAACAUGGGGCUGCUGCAGCUUAGGCUACUAGCCGCGCCCGCCUUCAAUAAUCAUGCCAGUUCCACGCCUACCACGAGCAACAACUGGGCGUGCGUGGUGGCGGCGUGCACGCGCGCGGGGAGCGGCGCGGGCGCGCGGCUGUGCGGGCCGCGCGGCGCCGGCGCCGUGAGCGCGCUGUGCGCCUGCGUGGCGGCCGGCGGCGCCGCCGCGCUGCACGCGCACGCCGCGCUGCUGGCCGCCGCGCGACACGCGCCCGCACUGCGCGCGCCGCUCCUCACCGCGCUACUCAACAUGGACGCGCACGCACACGCCAACGCAUUCCAAGUGUCUACAGGCGGGCGUGUGAACGGCAGUAUGCGCGCGAUAUGCGAGCUGGUCCGGCAACUAUGCCGCAGCUGCCCGGAGGGCUGCGUGACGGCGUACGUGCAGUGGCUGGCCGCCGCCGCCGAGCUGUGGCUGCGACAGAAGGACCCGCCCUCCGCCGCACUCACACACACUCUAGCUUCUGUAUUAUGGACAUUGAAAGAAAAGAACCUUCUAGAUAACUUGGAGGAGCUGAUCACAGAUGAUUUGUUCGAGCUCGUAUACACGUGGGUCAAGGAUGUGCCGGAAACUAGUCUACUCAAGAAAUCACUAGAUGCUAUAUUAUGUUCAAUGUGCUACAUCCGUCCGGAGUUGUUUAAGAUGCUUCUCGAACACAUGGACAUUCCCAUGGAUCAAGACGAGAGCAUGGAGGGCCUGACGGACGACCGCAAGCAGCAGUGGCCGGGCGGCGCGGGCGGCGCGGCGUCGCGCGUGGCCCUGAGUGCGCGCGCGGGGCUGCUGCACAGCGCGGCGGCGGCGGCCAUGUCGCCGGCCGCCGCCGCCGCGCUGCUGCGCUCCACGCUGCCCGCCGCGCUCGUCUCCGCCAUCGCUGACUUUAGUGAAGCGAAAUUAGAAUCAAUUAAGGCGCAAAAGAAUUCUACUGAAGAUGUGCAGAUGAUGGAACCUGAGAAGGAACCAAACCAGGGCAAAUCAGAGCUGCCAUCGAUGAAGACUGUACACCAGUUGGUGGAGUGGGCCCGCGCUGUCUGCUGGUCCAAACGUCUGAAGGACUGGCUCGGAGGCCCCGGCAGUAUAUUCUGGAAGCCAUUGCUCACGCUACUGUGUUAUCCGAGACCUAAUUACAGCAGUAGUUGGCAAGAAGACGCGCAAUACGCGCAGCUAGAGGAGAGCACCAUUCGUCUGUUCGCGGAGCUGACAGUCUGCCACCCCGAGAACCAGCAAUUGUUCGCCUCCACGCUGCAUAGUAUACUCGAGGCGUUGCCGAGUAACGAGGGAAUGAACGGGUUCACGCGCGCGCUGAUCCUGCGACUGGUGCUGUCCCCGGAGCGCGUGUGGGUGUCGCUGCGCUGGGCCGAGGGCGGCGGCGCGGCCGCGGCCUGCGCGCACCCCGCCGCGCACGCGCACGCCGUGCUGCCGCUGCCGCUGGCGCGCGCCUUGCGAGACGUGCUCGCCGACCACCGCCCGCCCGUGCCCAUUAUGGACGACACCACCAAACUCUGCAUGAACGCGUCCCCCACCGCGGCCGGCUCGUCCGUGCUGCGCAGCGCGUCCGACACGGCCAUCACCACGGUGGCGGAGGCCUGGGAGCUCAGCCUGGCCGCCGCCAGCGCCUCCAAGGACAAGCGCGUCAAGGACGUCAAGAAUACGUCCCUCAAACAACAGAAUAACAAGAAGAGACAGACUAAAACCAGCAAUGACGCGUCCGUACUGUCCGUCACUGAUGAUUUAAUAGAGUCGUCGAUCCGCGUGCAAGUGCCGGGGCUGGAGGGCUUCAUCCCGCCCAGCACGACGCUGGCGCAGCUAGCGGCGGCCGUCCCGCAUACCAUUGGGCCACAUCUCUCACUCACACUGCAUCUCAACACCAACGGCGAAGCGUGGUCAGGUCCCAUGUGGGAAGGCGCAUCGUCGACUAGUCCUUCAAGUCCGGGCGCUGGGCCAAGUUCAAGUAGUGCAGGGGCCACGAGUAGCUCGGCGACGUCGACCGGCGGCUCGGCCAUACUCCGGUUUUUCGGGGCCGUUGGGGGCCUGGCUCUAGUUGCCGCGCGCCUCCCACGACCCCACGCGCCUCCACCAGACCCACCCGCACUCGUGCACCACCACCACGACCUCGACUGGGUUAAACUUGAUGAUCCUUACGAGGAGGUGGUGGAGCUGGGCGUGGCGCCUGGUGGGGGCGGGGCCGGGGGCGGGGCGGAGGAGGGCGGGUGCACGGGCGUGCCUGCGCACGCGCUGCUGGCGCUGGGGCUGCUGCUGAAGCUGCCCGGCUAUGCGGACGCGCUGCUCGACGAGGGCGCGCGCGCCUGCCAUCUGCUGCGACUACUGCUCGGCGUCACGCAUGACGAGGACGGAAGGAGCAUCGCGGUGGGCGAGGGCCGCGGCGGGGGCGGGGCGGGGGGUGCGGGGUCGCUGGGCACGCUGCCGUUCACGGUGGUGGCGCGGCUACUGGAGCGCGCCCCGCUGCAGUCGGAGGCGGGCCGCGCGCUGCGCCGGGCGCUGCUGCAGCGCGGCGCCGUGCGUCUGCUGCUCGCCUGCCUCGCCGUCUUCACGCACCACCGACCCAACUCCAACGACAAUAGCCAAGGUUCGAAUGGAUCAACGGGCAAGUCUGAAGAGAAGAGCCAGUUGUACUGGGCGAAGGGCACGGGCUUCGGGACCGGGUCCACGCAACAGUCGUGGAACGUGGAACAGGCGCUCGUACGGCAGAGGACUGAGGAGGAACACGUCACUGUUCUACUUCAGGUAUUAGCGUCGUAUAUGAAUCCCGGCGAGAAGUGGCCCCCGGAAGAGGGCGCGGCCGAGACGACCGACAAAGAAGACUCGGACGAAACGCACGACUUGCCUGCAGAGUUCAUUGACCUUAUCGCCAACAGUUCACUUGUACCCGCUAUCUGCUCCUAUCUACGGAAUGAUUCGGUGCUGGACAUGUCGCGUCACAUCCCGCUGUACGUGCACGUGCUGCGCUGCGCGCGCGCGCUGUGGGCGCUGGGCGCGCGCCGCCUGGCGCCCGCGCUGCGCCCGCUGCCGCGUCUGCUCGCCUGCAUGUCGCGGACCACCAACUCAUACGCCACCAAGCUCAGAAUGAGUAAGAAGAAUAUAUUCGGUAAAAUGACAUAUAGCCAAAGAUUUAGUACUUCAAGUAAUUCAGAAUUAUCAGAAGAAGACGAGGGACUCGCCGCACUCAUUGCAGAUAUACAAGCGACGUCAGCGUUGCUAUGUCGGUCGGAGAAUGAGGCGGAGUCAGGUCGGGCGAGCGGCGUGCCCGCGCCCCUCAGCGGGGCCACGCGGGAGGCGCGCUACAUCGAACUCAUGCGCACUAUGCAAUUCGAGACGUUCGAGAUGAUAUCAGAGUGCGCAGAGAGCGGGUUCAGGUUCCUGGUGCCGUACCACUUCGAGGGCGCCGUCCGCGCCGCGGGCGAGCGCGCCCACCCUGCGCGCAUGAAGCGACUCGCGCAGGAGGCCGCCACCCUCGCCACCUCCCUGCCCCUCUCGUACUCCUCCUCCGUCUUCGUGCGCACCGACGCUGACCGACUCGACGUCAUGAAGGUGCUAAUAACCGGUCCUUCCGACACGCCGUACGCGAACGGUUGCUUCGUACUAGACGUAUACUUCCCGGCGGAGUACCCGGCGGUGCCCAUGUUGAUCAACCUGGAGACGACGGGCCGCCACUCCGUGCGCUUCAACCCCAACCUGUACAACGACGGCAAGGUCUGCCUCUCCGUGCUCAACACCUGGCACGGACGUCCCGAGGAGAAGUGGAACGCGCAUACCUCCAGCUUUCUACAGGUACUCGUGUCGAUCCAAUCCUUGAUCUUAGUCCCGGAGCCGUACUUCAACGAGCCAGGCUACGAGCGCAGCCGGGGUACGCGCGUCGGCUCAAGCGCGUCCCUGGAGUACAACUCCAACAUUUACCAGGCCUGUGUGCGCUGGGCUAUGCUCGACCAUCUCAGGAACCCCGAACCUUGCUUCAAAGAGGUGAUCCAGACCCACUUCUGGAUAAAACGUAACGAAAUAAUGCAGACGGUGGCUAACUGGAUCACAGAACUGGAGAGCCAGAGCGGGGACGAGCGCACCCAGCGGAGCAUACAGCUCAACCUUAUGGCGCUCAAGCGGCACUACGUGAAGCUGCAGGAGGAGCUGGGCAAGCUGGCGGUGCCGGCGGGGCUGGAGGAGCUGGACGAGCCGUUCCAGCUGCCCGCGGCGCCCGAGCCCGCGCCCGCGGCGCCGGCGCCGCCCAGCAACGACGAGAUCGACCACGACAUGGAGAAGAUCGUGUCGCAGGUCUUGGACUGAAUCGGCUGACGGCGCGCGAGUGCGCAAUGAAAGUACAAGUAGGAAGCUGCCACUGCUGCCGGUCACCCUGCGUACGCUCGCCGUACGUUUCUAGCGAGUUUAUUGUUCUUAAACGAUUUUCUUUUUAUUUUGUAGUAGAAGAUUUCGGUUUUUAUAGUUUUUUUAGUAGGCGUUUAGGAGUUAGUGGGACCUCCGUUUAGUUUAACACACAUUGUGAUACUAAAAUGGGCCCGCUCGGCGCCCGGUAAGAUAUUUAAGCAGGAGUAGACGUACGGGCCGAAGACAUCGCGACGCACUGCCGUCGCGACACGUGUACAUGAAAUUAUAAUUUGAUGUAUAUAACUUAUUGUUUUAAUUUUUGUAUUCUAAGAAUAUAUAUAAUGAUAUGUAUCGCUGUAUGCUCUAUAAGAGUAGUCGGAGGCGGCUGAACUAUGCGAAGGAGAAAUUGUAUAACUCGUUUGGUAGUAAAUUAUGUACAGGCCUAGCCACCUCUUCGAGCAGUGUCGGGGUCGGUGGGGUGACGAAGUUUUGUGAAUGUAUGUGUGUAUAUAGUUAAAUCACCAGUAGACUUGUGUGUUUCUCACUGUACUUUCAUUGACAGGUAAGUUGGACGUAGGAACUUUAUUGUUACAUUUGAUUGUGAAUUUCGGAAUGUAAAUAAAAAUUUAUGUUAUCGCAAUGUUUUUUUGUUCAUUUUGCAUCUGCCCGGGUAUAUUUAUGAUAAAUUGUAAUUUAUUUAGAUUAUAUUGUGUUGUGUUCGAGACUAAGCUUGCCUUGUUCUAUAUGUCGCUGGGAUCCAACGAGCCUCCCCUCACCCUGUCUAUACUUAUACCAUAUAUUCAGCUUUGUAUUUAAUUCUGACGACCGGUAAUAUAAUUAAACAAAACAUUUUGCUAAUACGUUUUUUAUUGUCCAUCUAUUUACAUCGUCACAAUUAUAGAAAAGUAUUCCACUUAUACGAAUUAUUAUGACUGUCAAGUAGCCACCCUACGAGCUAAACAUUCACUUUAUUAGACAACUUAUUACAUAAAUAAUUUAUUCACUAUAAUAUUCUUUCUGACUAACUAAGUGUAGAAAUUGUAAAAUUACUCAAAAUAUUCCAUCACAGAUGGAGUUUGUGACAUAAUAAAAAAUAUUUAUUUACAUAAAAAAAAGUUUUGUUUCAAGUAAUAUCUAUCUACAUUAAAUCUAUUGGUAUGAUUGCGUGUCUCGUACAUGCGCACUGUGGAGCACCGUGGGGCGCUUACACCAGUAAUAUUCUAUUACAUUUAUGGCACAUGAAACAAUAACGAGUUUGCCCAGGACUAGCGACCGACAGGAGAGCGGGUAACGAGAUAAUAAACAACUAAUUACCUUAGCAGUUAGCAUAACUAACUGUUGAGGCAAUCAUGUUUGCGUCGACGGCAGCGUCUCAUUCAUUAACUAUUUAAACUUAACUUUACAUAUUUAAGUAGUGUUUGAGUAUUAUUACUAUCCUAACAUCACUGUCGGUCGCGUCUGGCUACACUUAUACUAGAUAUGGUGCUCUGAAGCCGUCUACUUCUUCUUCAAGGGCUGGUCUGCUUGAAGCUCUGCCUCCUGAGGGUCGAGCUGACCUGCCUCCACGCACGACUUACAACAGAACUUGGAAUAAUACUUGUGCCUGCAGAACUUGCUGCGCACGAUCAGAUCGCAGUUAGCGAAGAAUGGAUUGUCCGUACACUUAGCUGGUACCAGUAGCUGCUGCACGUUCACCUGCGCAGUGUCAGUCUGCGAGGUGUACAGGUUGCUGGCGUGGCACGCGUAUAGUCCGCUGUCCGAGACCUUCACCCGCUGCACUGUCAGCCGGGACACCACCUCGCUACCUGCAGUAAUAAGGAUGCUGUCGUUGGGCUGAAGACGGACGCCGUCCUUCGUCCAAUAGACAUCGGGGGCCGGGAAUCCGUCCACUUCGCAAGUGAGCUCCAGGUUUGUGCCGACGUUCAACGUAGAGUACCUAGACGACACGUGCGCGCUCACCGGCACAUUGACGACCAGGUGUAUCUCCUGCGUGGCUAUUCCAAGGCCAUUGUCGGCCACACAGAUGUAAACGCCGGAAUCGUUGCGGUAUAGAGACACGAUCUCCAGCGCGCC